GAAAUAAAUAAAUAAAUAAAAAAAAAGAUAAAUUAAUUCGCAAAAAAGCUGAAUGAAAAUCUUAGAUAAAGUAUGGUGUGAAAACUGAGAAUAUUCCUUAAGGUCAUAAAGUCGUUAAAAAUUGAAUUCCUAUCUACGAAAUAAUAUUUUGGUGUAUAGUGAUUAAAUUUAAUGUCGUAGUCGUACUGGAAUAACUCCAGAAAGACGAAAAAGGCAAUAAGAAGCCGAAAACAGUAAUUAAUGCCACUUUAAGUGUUUCUCUUCUCUCUUUUUCUGGUGAUUAGUUUCUUUCUUUGAAAAUAUUUGCUAAGGAGCAAAGAAAUAUACUUUUAUCGGAUAUAUUUUAUACUUUAUGUCCGAGAUAACAUUUAAGAUACGAGACAUUAAGAAGAAACAAGAUUGGUUUCUCACAGUAAAAAAUGUUUCUUAAUUAAUUAACUCAAAGAACAACAGAGGUAAAGUCAUUAACACUUGUAACACCAGCCAGCAUAUAAUCAACACUAUGGUAGCAGAGAUGAAAACAUAUAGGCGCGACAAGAGCGAUUAAGAAUAAUAAUUUGCUGGAAUUGGAAUGUUAAACAACAAACCAUUUAAUUUAAUUAUUCAAAGCGCGUAUCAAUUAAUUGACAUUUUUAAAGUAGUGACAAGUUUAUUUUAACUCAAUUUGAUUUUAUUCAAAUUUAGACUCAUUUCAAUUUUAUGUGAUGAGAAUUUGAAUUGCUAAUAUGACAAAAAUAGACAAAAAGUUGUCAUCAUCAUAUUUCUCAUAUACUAAAUGAUUAAGCAAUUGAGUUUUGAAUAUAAAUAAAAUUAGUUAAUUAAGAAGCAAAAAACGGAAAAGUGCAAAAAAAUAAUCAGCACUAAAAUGCAAAGAACACCAGCAUCUGCAUUGUUAAAUUCGUCAUUGAUUUUAUUCAUAAUAUUUGUGAUAUUAAUUAAUAUUAAUGAUGGUAUGACAUCUGCUAGUCAUAAUCAUCACAAACGUGGUAAUCAUCGUGGACGAGUCAAAAAGAGUGGAAAUGCAGGAAUUUUUACGCACGCUGAUGGUGGUCCAAUAAGAAAUUCAAUACCAAUAAAAGAGCGAAAACCAAACAUAAUAUUGAUUCUGACUGAUGAUCAGGAUGUAGAACUUGGUUCACUUAAUUUCAUGCCAAGAACAUUGCGUCUCUUACGUGACCAGGGCGCAGAAUUUAGACAUGCUUAUACAUCAACUCCAAUGUGCUGUCCUGCACGUUCGUCAAUAUUGACUGGCUUAUAUGUCCAUAACCAUCAUGUAUUCACAAAUAAUGAUAAUUGUUCUAGUCCUCAAUGGCAAGCUACACAUGAAACACGUUCGUUUGCGACUUAUCUUUCAAAUGCAGGGUACCGAACGGGUUAUUUUGGAAAAUAUCUAAACAAAUAUAAUGGCUCAUACAUUCCUCCCGGUUGGCGUGAAUGGGGAGGACUUAUAAUGAAUUCCAAAUAUUAUAAUUAUAGUAUCAACAUGAAUGGACAGAAAAUAAGGCAUGGAUUCGACUAUGCCAAAGAUUAUUAUCCUGAUUUAAUUGCUAACGAUUCCAUUGCUUUUUUGCGUCAGUCUAAACAACAAAAUCAUCGAAAGCCUGUCAUGUUGACAAUGUCGUUUCCUUCUUGUCACGGCACUGAAGAUUCGGGUGCUCAAUACAGUCACCUGUUUUUCAAUGUCACAACUCAUCACACUCCAUCAUAUAAUUUAGCACCAAACGAUGAUAAACAAUGGAUAUUGCGAGUGACUAAUAAAAUGGAACCGAUUCAUAAGAAAUUCACUGACAUUUUAAUGACUAAGCGAUUACAAACACUACAAAGCGUGGAUGUUGCAGUCGAAAGAGUUUAUCAAGAAUUGAAACAGCUUGGAGAACUAGAUAAUACUUACAUCUUCUACACUUCCGAUCAUGGUUAUCACUUGGGCCAAUUUGGCUUAGUAAAAGGCAAAGGUUUUCCAUUUGAAUUUGAUGUUCGAGUACCAUUUUUAUUGCGUGGUCCUGGAAUUGUCGCAGGAAGCUUGGUUGAAGAAAUUGUUCAAAAUAUAGAUUUGGCUCCAACAUUUUUGGAUAUUGCAGGCGUACAAGUACCUCCUCAUAUGGAUGGUAAAUCAAUAUUGCCAUUAAUAAUUAAUCGACAUCGAUCAAUAAAAUAUAAAUGGCCGGAUACAUUCCUUAUUGAGAGUUCUGGACGACGUGAAACACCUGAGCAAAUUGCAGAACAGCGUGCCAGAGCAGCUGCUGCAAAAUACAGUCAAAUGUUAAGCGAAACCAAUAAUAAAAUGGAAUUAACAUUAAUGAAGGAAAAUCGUACUUUUGAAGAAUUAAAAAGUAGAGAACAUGAUUUAAGUUCUCAUGAAGUUGAGGAAGACAUCGAAGAAUAUGACGAUGAAGAAUUAGAUGAUACAGUAGAUGAAAGUGAUUUUGAUACUGAACUUCAAAGUGAUGAGCCACACAAAAGCAGAAGGAAAAGGCAACGUGAAGCUCUUACUCAUCUUGACCUACAACGAACAUAUUUUGACAAUGACUUGCCACCAUAUCAAUCGAAAAUUGCACGUUUAAAUGUAGAAUGUUCAGAUCCUACAUUGCUUCAGAAUUGUGUGGUAGGACAAAAGUGGAAAUGUAUUAAUGAGGAAGGAAGAUGGCGAAAACACAAGUGUAAAUUUCAUAAAGAAGUUCAAGAUCACCUCCAAGAAAUUAGUAAAUAUCUAACAGCACAGCAAGCUCGUCGAAAUUGUGCAUGCUUUACACCAAACGGUGUUGUUUAUACAAAAAUCAAAGCAGAAAGAGAUCUUUUCCACCAAAAACAAAAACGUAAUCACAAGAUUAGAUCUAAAAGAAAUGUUGAGAUUGAUGAAAAUUACAAUCCAAAAUUACCUCCAGAAUUCUUGAGUCUUUUACGUAUGGAUGAAGUUCUUGACAACCUUGAGAACAAAUUAAUGGAUGAAUUUGAGAAUAAUUAUCAUGAGAAGCAUUCGAGAAAGAAGCGUGAUGCAGAUUACAUAACUCAAACUAUAGACGAACUUCAUUCAGUUUUAGUGUCAUUAGAAAGAAAAUAUUUAAGUAAUAGUACAAAAAAUCCGGUACAGUGUUUCGUUGAAACAUCUGGAAAAGUUAACUGUUCUACCAUUGUGUAUGAAAAUGAAGAAGCUUGGCGUCAAAGUAGGUUACAAAUUGAUAUGCUGAUUAAAGUUUUAAAGGACAAAAUUGGAAAUUUAAAAGAUAUUCGAAAACAUUUGAAAGAAAAUCGACCAGCCAAUAUGACAUCUGUUGAUGAUGAAGUUUACGAUAACUUUAAUACAUCAACUGAAGAUUUUGAUGAAAAUAUUGAAACGCAAUCAACAGCAAAGGCACCAUUACAUCAACAUCGUCAUCAACAAAGUAAUUUAAAUGAAAGGCGUAGAAAACAAAAAACUUCUACAAUUUCUGUAUUUACAACAGUUGAUGAAGCAACAACAAGUAUAAGUAUAACUUCUGAAUAUGAUGCAUCUUUCAAUAUAUCUGUGACACAAGAAUCUUUACCUGAAGAGAUGUCAAGUACUUUAGAAACAACUAGAGUGUCAUCAACUCAUAAGCCUCGAAACAGAACUAGAUUUUUUAAAACCUCAUCAGCAACAUCUACUUUAUUAACAACAGCAUUGCCAUUCACACCAACAGAAAAUUCACUUUCAAGUACUUUAUCUAUUAAUUAUGAUGAAGUCUUAACAAGUGAACUGUCUUAUGAAAAUAUUACUUCAACAACAUCACAAAUGAUGGAAUCCUCAACAAAUUUAAACCCUUUCGACAUUCAAGGAUCCAAGUCCUCAAAAAAACAUUCCAAUCGUCAACAACAUAUUUUUGCAAAUAGUGUCAAUCAUGUUGUGAAUAUAACUUCAAGUGAAAGUGAAAAUAAUUCAACCAAGAGCAGUUUACCAGCUGAAUGUUAUUGUGAGCCUGAAGUUGAAAGCUCACCAUUGCUAGAAAAAGAAAUUGCUCGUGAUGCGCGCAAGAAACUGAAAGAAGAGAGACAACGUAAAAAAGAACGAAAACGCAACAAGAAGGCUAGAAUAGAGAAAGAGUGUUUUGCUGAAAAAAUGAAUUGCUUUAGUCAUGAUUCACAGCAUUGGAAAACUGCUCCAUUUUGGGAUGACGAACCAUUCUGUUUCUGUAUGAAUGCAAUCAACAAUACUUACUCUUGUCUGAGAACAAUUAAUCAGACACAUAACUAUUUAUAUUGUGAAUUUACAACAGGUCUAAUAACUUUCUAUAAUCUCAAAAAGGAUCCAUUUGAGACACAAAAUAUGCAAUCAUCUUUAACAGUACAAGAAAAGUCAUUUCUACAUGAUACACUUGAACACAUGAAAGGAUGUAAAGGAAAAACCUGUUUACUGCAAAGAAGACAUCAUCAACAAAUUAAUAGCAAUACUCAAGAUAAUGAAGAAGUUGUCAAUAAUGUUAAUUCUAUUCCUCACAAGGGGUCAAAAAGAAGAUAUGGAAGUGUCCAUUUGGUAGAAAAUGAUACGUCAGAAAAUCAACCAAAAAAACGACAAAAUAAAUAUGGAAAAAGAAAAACUUGGUAUGAGCAACAGCAAGCAUCAACAAAUCUCAGCUCACGCUCAACAACUAAACGAACUAGAGCUAACAACCGGCGAUCAAUAUUAGGAGAUUCUGUAUUCUAUUAGAGAAUUUUAAAUGAAAUGUUUGAUUAUUUGUACAUCCGUUUCAUACAGCAACGACAUCCUAGCAUAAAUUAUGAGAAGAAUAACAGAUAAUCAUUUUACAAUUAAUUAAACUGCAAGAAAUCAGUACGAUUUAUAAAUAUUAACCAAAGCUUUGUCAUUAAAUAUUCGAGCAAUUCUAAUUAAAGGAAAUAAUUGUAAAAUGGUUCUAUGCUUAGUGUUACUCUUACAAUACUGAACUUAAAUAUCAACCUUAAAUAUUAUCUGCAUUUGGUAAUAAUGAGCUUAAAGUGUAAAAUAUUAAUCUUCUAGUGAUCCAACAGCUUGCAAUUUAUGUUGUGUCAAAAAAUAUUUUCUUUUAAGUUUUUUUUAUCUUAGUUCAAAUUUGCCAUGCAAAAAACUUUAUUUUUGCAAUGAAAAUUAAUUUUUUUUUUCAUUUUACCUGCCAUAACUGUCACUUAUUUGUUAUUAAAUACAUAUUUACUGUAGUCGUGCUAUUUUAAAUUAGACCUUUUGCUUAUUUCAUUCCUAUAAAUUCUUACAGUUUAAAGUUAUGAUUUUUUUUAAAGUUGUAUGAAAUUUUCUCAAUAUUCAACAUCUUUACUUAUUAAUCAUUAUAUCAGUUUGAAAAUGUAGCUCAGGAGAAUAUCCUUAAUUGUAUCAUUUCAUUCUGGCAAAUAUUUUAUUGUGAAAUAUUAAAGAUCUGAACUCAAACAUAUAUAUUAUAACCUGCAGAUACCCUUUUAUAUGAUAUAUUGCUUUCUUAAGCCUCUUCCUUAUUUUAGUUUUAUUUUAUUGAACUUUUACGUGCUCUUAUAUUAUGACAAUUUAAAAAAAAAUCACAGAUUAUAAUCAGUAUAAGUUCAUCGUGUAUAAAAUCAAAUAAAA